UGUGAAACUACAGAUGGAUUCAGCGUGUAAUGGAAUAAAGAAAAGCGAGUGCAGUGAUCUGGCUGUGAACCCCCGGCCCCCUCCCGCCAAGCUGGCUCGACUGGAGCAACACAGAAUGGGAUCCUCGACCCCCGAGAGGAGGAGACCGGGGAGUCCCGUGGCCAAACCUCCCUGCCAAGCCCAGAAACCCUCGAACACAAGUGGACACACCAAAGGAACCCUGCUGCCAGUGUUCUGUGUGGUGCAGCACAAGGAAGCUUCUCCAGAGGUCGACAGAAGAGAAGAGCAUGCCGAGUUUGUGCUGGUCAAACGAGACCUGCUGUUUAAUCAGCUGAUAGAGAUGGCCCUGUUGUCGCUGGGUUACUCCCACAGCUCUGCAGCACAGGCUAAAGGUCUGAUCCAGGUCGGCAGGUGGAACCCAGUGCCUCUGUCCUGUGUAACUGACUCUCCUGAUGCUACAGUGGCCGAUAUGCUGCAGGAUGUUCACCACGUUAUCACGCUUAAGAUACAGCUGCACAGUUGUCCCAAACUGGAGGACUUGCCAGCAGAGCAGUGGAGUCACUCCAAGGUGAGAAACGCUCUGAAGGAGCUCCUUAAGGAUAUGAAUCAGAGCUCCCUGGCCAAAGAGUGCCCACUUUCCCAGAGCAUGAUAUCGUCCAUUGUAAACAGCACUUACUAUGCAAACGUCUCAGCUGCCAAGUGUCACGAGUUUGGUCGGUGGUACAAGCACUUCAAGAGGUCCAAAUGCUUCAAGGAGACUGACAGCUUUUCAGAGCAGACCACCGAGAUCCCCCUCUCCCAACAGCCGGCUGCAGGAAGUCCAACCGAUCAGAACUCCAACCUUUUUUUCCCUCAUGGAGCAGUCGCCAACAUUUGUGGUCGCUCAGCUCUUGGUCUCCACCCUCCUGGGUUGGUCACCCAGCCUCUCAGCUCCCAAAUGGUCAACCAGCAGCUGGUCAUGGCCCAGUUUCUCAACCAGCAGUAUGCUGUUAACCGCAUGCUGGCUGGCCCAGGUCUCUCCUCUCCGCAACAGCAGUAUCUCAACCACCCUCCUGUAGGGAGGGCUCCCACCAUCGUCUUUUCCAAGCCUCCCGAAUCUCAGGCCUUGCAGCAGGCGCAGUGCGGCCCGGGUGGAGGUGCUGCGACCGCGCCACAAAAUCAGGCAGCAGUUGCGACUUCGGUGGGACCAACGGACGUAUCGAGUGACAUCUACCAAAACGUGAGAGAGGAGCUGAAGAGGGCAGGCAUCUCCCAGGCCAUCUUCGCCCGCGUGGCCUUUAAUAGAACACAGGGCCUUCUGUCCGAGAUCCUACGGAAGGAGGAGGAUCCAAAGCACGCCUCCCAGUCCCUGCUGGUCAACCUGAGGGCCAUGAACGGUUUCCUGCAGCUCCCCGAGGCCGAGAGGGAUCGCAUCUACCAAGACGAGAAAGAGAGGAGUCUGACGGGAUUCACGCCCAGCUGCAACAACACACCCCCUAGAUCCACACAGGCAAGACUGUCUCCAGUCACAGGUGACAGUGGGUUGAGGACCGACAGCUGUGUUCUCAACGUCAAYGCCUCCAUCUAUGAAGAGAUUCAGCAUGAGAUGAAGCGAGCCAAGGUGUCUCAGGCUCUGUUCGCCAAAGUUGCUGUCUCCAAGAGUCAGGGGUGGCUUUGUGAGCUUCUACGUUGGAAAGAGGAUCCCUGCCCGGAGAACCGGACCCUGUGGGAGAACCUGUGCAUGAUCCGCCGAUUCCUCAGCCUGACGCAGACCGAACGAGAYGCCAUCUAUGAGCAGGAGAGCUGCAACAUGUCUUCACAGCAGUACUGCGCUGACAGGCUCACACUGCUCAGCAAUGACAACACACUGUACCAACACAACUCCCCAGUGAUUCAGCAACACCAUCUUCAACCCCAUCAACCACUUCAGACAGAACCAGGGAUUCACUUGUCUCCAAGGCAACCAUGUGCAGCCUCACCAGCCGAGUCGGAGGGCGGGGGUGCAUGGGGGCACCUGAGAGUACACACGGAGGGCAGAGGCAGCUGCGACGUCGCGGGAGAGAACGGCAUGGAAUGGGUGGAGGGGGGGGAGGAGAACAGGGACUGGGGCGUCGCUGAGCGAGCACGGGGUACCGGUAGGGAAAACACAGAGCAGAUAAGAAAUGGAAACAUGGCCGAGGAGGACAAAGACGAGGACACGCAGGGCAGUAAAAGUGGAAAAGUUCAAGACAAGCUGUAUGUGAAGAGGGAAGACAAUGGGGUGCCAGAGGUCUGCACCGAGGACAGAAARGCAGGAGGUGGAGAUGAGGUCCACAGCGAGGGGCUAAACGUGUCCGGCGACGCCCUGGGAAUCUUGCAGAGCUUCAUCCAGGAAGUGGGCCUCAACCCGGACGAGGAGGCGAUCCACACCCUCUCUGCCCAGCUGGGCCUGCCUAAAUACAUCAUCCGCAGCUUCUUCAACAGCCAAGACCAAGGGCAAAGUGASGACUAUAGCCAGAGCCCGAUGCACCAUUACGAUCACCAUCAAGGCUUUGCAGACCUUCCGAUACCAGACGUGACUACACAGGAACUGGAAAUGCAUCAAAAGCCAGAAGAACAGAAAGAUGAGGAGAAACAAACAGGUAGAAGUGAAACAAGUGAGGGUUAUGUUUUAAAAGAACUGGAUGUCGCCACUCAGACUAUCCCUCUUGUGAAGGAGGAACAAGAAAGUUAACCUAAACCUGAUGUUUCACCUUGUGAAGUGUUACAAUCCCUGUGAUGAUUUGUUUACUGAUAUUCUUCARCACUGAUCCAAAUGGAGAUCAGUCACAUUUACAAAGUGCUCCUAGACAGGCUGGCAGUAUUUUUGUUUCAGGUAAUACACAUGUGCCGUUAUCAACAGUGGGGGGAAAUAGAAAAGUUUUGCUGGUUACGAGACAAGGAAGGACCAAAAUCACAUUGAUGCACGAACAGCAGAAACUGUGCAGAGAACCACGCAUGCAUAUAUUUACUCCUAAAGUCUAUUAAAAAUCACAGACUAACCUGACAUUCACUCUGAUGAACUGUAAGAGGAAACUGAAGUCUCCGUAGAAAUCUCACACAGGUGGUCCUCGGAGACAUGGGAAGACCCUCUUGCUGUGAGAUGAYAGAGUUACCUCACCACUUUAAGUGUUGAUAAAGAUUAAUGUUGCUGACAGUACAAUUCAAACAUAAGGAAGCAGUUUGGCUUGUUUGAAAGAGAAACUUUCAUUUUAAAAAAACAGAGCAAUGGCAGCAUGAAUAAAGCACUGGACUUCAAACAUCGACGUCUUUUAGACGAACAAGACCAAAGUGGAGAUGUGUGGCAGAAACUAAACCACUAACUAAACUAAAGCAUGGUGGAGGUGGAGUGGUGAUUAAUUAGUCUCCCUUUGUAUAACAGUAUUCAAAUKUGUUCGGCACUUUUCAGUUGAAAUGUAAACCGUCACACAUUGAUCAAUUGAGUAUUGAAUCCAGUAUCGAUAUCGGCAUCGGUCCRGAGUAUUGGGGCAUUUUGAACGACUACAACUUGUAAAUGCUGCUAUGAGGACACAACAACUCACAACUGUUACUAAACGGAAGCAACAUAAUAAAGAAAGUGGGUCWCAAAUCUUCUGUAAUGACAAGAGAGACUAAUAAGGUCAUACAAAUGAUAAUUACUUCCGGUUAUUGCUGCUAACGUCGUUAACGUUUCAUUGAAUCAGUUUAUUCUCAAUGCACAACUCCCAAAUUUUACUAAGUUCAUAGGUAAGCAGUUAAGYGACAUUUUAUGUGUUUUUUCAUUCAUUUGGGGUUGAAGCUACUUAUUUUAAAACUUGAUGUUUUCAUGAUGUCCUGAUAUGKUAAAAAAGGCUUAACAUUAACAAGGGUAUGCUUUUAUUAUAUUAGUUUAGGACUUUCUGUAAAUUGAGCAUCCUUGUUGCACUUGAGGCAUGGAUAACUGUGACGGAGCGUACAGAGAAAGGUUCACGUGUGUCUCAAAACAACAUCAAAUCAAUAAGUAUCAGAUCUUUUUUUAGAAGAAUAAACUUUAAUACCAGAAAGGUUUGCCUUUAAUUAAUUUGUACUAUUUCCGUAUGUUUUUAUUCUAAGAGCUUCUUAAUGUUGCUGUUGUAGGUUGACUUGGACUUUGUCAAUUUUUUUUGCUCAUGUUUGUCUGUUUUAUGUUCAUCUUCACACAAUAACAUCAGUCUGAUUGUUGUCAUAUGAAGCUGAAACAGUUUUUAAUCCAUGAGGGGGUUGAACAUAAUAAACACGUACAGGUUUUACUAUGGGGAUUAAUGGGAAAUAAAUAAAUGAACCUAUUUCUCAUGCUGGUUCACAAUAUUAACUUUUAUUGUGCUACUUAAGGUGAAAAAAUGCUACAGAAGAGCUCACCGUUUUGAUACAGUAUUAGUAUUUAUGAGUAUUGUAGCAAAUGUAAAAUCAACUGGAUUUUACACAUUUUUAUUCAAAUGUUGGUCAAAGUAAUGAAUCAUUUCUUCAUAAAAAAGGGUUGAGAUCAUAUAAAACUAAACAUUAGGUCAGUUAAUUUUCUGCAGAAGACUUUUAUAACYUUUAUUUGCCUUAAUUUAGAUCACUUUAUGUCCUUUUUGUUGGAUUACCCAUUGAAAACAGAAAAAAGGGACGAAUUACAUGCUCCACUAUAAAUUGGAGUGUUUAAUAUUAUGCAAAUGUUUUAUUACUUUAUCAUACAGACAAAAUGUAGUGAUUGCAUUCAUUAACAGAUUGUUUAAGACAAACUUAUUUAGGACUCAAUAUUGGAACAAUUAUUCUCAAAAUGGAGCAAAGAAUGAAAACAAUAAAACGUAGGGUUUAUUUUAGGUGAAAGAGUUGUAAAAAUAUUAAUUAGCAGAUUAAGAUGUGUUUUUUUACAAUUUUCRGUGCUUUUUUUUCUUGCCCUGAUUGAGUGGAUCGGCGAUGUUUAUUUUCAGCCAUCAGACAAUAAAUAUCCUGUCAUGUUGCUCA